AUGACCCUCGUCCUUGUGUCCAAGUUGCUUGUACACAUUUGUUAAACUACCGUGACGGCUGCAUCAAACUAAAUGAUUUUUUCAUAAUUGAUGAUAUCAGUGAUCAAUUAGAAGAUGGAAAGACAUGCUUUUCGGAUACUAUAAGAAACAUUUGUGAAAAGCUAAAAACAGAAAAUACUACGGAGAAUUACAACGCAUUUCUUGAUAAUAUUCCCACAACACCUGCUAAUGAGUCGGAUUGCUAUGAUCCUUUUUAUUUUUUCAAGCAUUUACGAUAUAGCCAGUUUGGAGAUAAAGCUCAUAGAAUGUUGGACGAUUAUCGGAACUCGAGAAAUAAUGCUGAUAUAGUGGAAAUAAGUAAACAGUGUGAAGAGUUUCUCCGAUAAAUGUUUGCCAAGAGGCGAUUGAUACACAGAGUUGGUUUUUGUUGGAUGUGAUUUCAUUUAUUUGAAACAAACUCCAUUCAUUGCCUGUUUGUCAAAGCUCCGUUCUUCUAACUUCAAUAUAUUUAAAUACAAAUGCCCGAGUUAUGUUUUGCAACCCAAUGAUACUGCAUUUUUGACAAGCAUGUUUACAAUUGAAAAAUGGUGUUACAAAUGGGUUAUGAGGAAGCAUUGUGGCGAAUCCGCUGUUGCGAACUUUCGGAAACAUUCUGAAAUGUUUGUGAAUGCCCUAAAUAGUUCUAUCAGCUAUUUUAAUAAAUAUAAUUAUUGAUA